AUCUACCAAAGAAUUCUUGAGUUUUCAUCUAAAUUUUUAGUAAUGAAAUAUCUCAACGAAAUCUAAGAACAUACUUGGUUAAAAAAAAUGUAAGCACAUAAACAAAGAUAAGGUCCUGCACUUAAAACAAUCCUUUUGGAACCAAAUAAAACGGAAACCUAUUAUCACAUUUUCACGAAAACAAAAUAAUGUAUAUUUCAUGCUAAAAAGAACUUAAAGAAGAAAUUAAGCAAAUAGAUAAAAAAAAAAUUCCUCUUCAAAAGCGUACCCUCCAAAUGGAUGUUGUUCCUUCCCCAUUUUCAUAUCUAUAGGUCUCUUUCUCUCUCUCCUCCCUUUCUCUCUAUCCAUUCUAAUUCACAGCACAUAGACUCAUUUAAGUACCUUGCCUGUGUUGUCUUUCUCAACCAUUAGUCCUUUACUUCAAUAAAGGUACUCUCUUUCUCUCACUCUAUACAUUUAGAUUCAAACAUAGAUUCUCUUGAACAAAGACAUAUUGUACUAAUCACUAUUGCUGUUCUUUCUUUCAUUUUCUUGAUUUUGCAGGCUUAGGAAGAAAAAUAUUUUUUUCCUUUCCAUAAUAUUGAUUGUCUUCGUCAGUGUAACAGUAAUCUUUUCUUUGAUUUUAUUCUUUCUCUCAUUUUCGUCUCUUUUUCUUGAGUGUGAAGAAGAUUUUGGUACAAGUGUCCUUCUCAAAAAAUUGUUUUAGGAGUUUUUAAUUUAAUUUUGUUGCUUCAAAACCCCAAAAAGACAUGAACAACAGGUCUUUCAGUACUACCACCACCAUCAGUGAAGACUACAUGUUAUUCCCUUAUAAUGACCAUUAUUCCUCACAACCACUACUCCCUUUUAACCCUUGUUCUUCCAUCAAUGACAUCUUGAUUCACUCCAACUCCAACAUAUCAAGCAAUCCUCUUGACCAUCAUUAUCAAUUCUUACAAGCACCUUCUUCUUUUUCUCAAUUCGAAUUCGUCCCGGAUUUUGCCCUCGUCGCCUCUUUCCUCCCACAAAACAAUGGCCAUAAUGAUAACCAAACCAUCACCACCAAUGACCAUAAUAAUAAUCAUCAUCAUCAUCAUCCAUCACUUCUUCCCUUGAACAACCCUAUUGGAGAAUCUCUCGUUGAGCCCUUGGAGACGAUAGCCACUCACAUAGAAGAUUCCCAGAGAAUCUCAACUUCCCAAGACCCAAAAAUGAAUAAAGUCAAGAAACCAAGCAGAACGGAUCGGCACAGCAAGAUCAAAACGGCUAAAGGGACAAGAGAUCGUAGGAUGAGGCUCUCGCUAGAUGUCGCCAAAGAGUUGUUCGGCUUACAAGACAUGCUUGGAUUCGACAAAGCCAGCAAAACCGUUGAAUGGUUGCUCACACAAGCCAAACCCGAGAUCAUAAAGAUCACGAGCAGCCUUUCUAACCCGUUAAACCAUGGCGGCUUCAGCAGCUGCGAGGAGUCUCAAACCCGACCGGCGUUAGGAUCAAUGCACACAUCGUCUGAUCUGUGCAAGCUUUCAUCCAUGGGGACAGUCGAGGAUAGAGGCAGCAAUACUAACUCGACCGAAACAAGAGGAAAUAAGGUGGAUGGGAGAUCGAUGAGAGGGAAGAGAAAGAUGUUGCAAGCGCGAACGCCCAUUUUGAAGAAGUUAUCUAAGGACGAGAGAGCAAAAGCAAGAGAGAGAGCAAAGGAUAGAACAAAGGAGAAGUUGAUGAAGAGAAGAUCACAAGUAACUGUUUUGGAUGCAGAAGCUCAUAAUCAGCAUGAUGAGAUAGUAAAGAAUAAUAAAAGCCAUGUGAAUUGCAAGUCUUUUGAGGCUACGCCCUGCCAAGAAGAGACCGAAGAACUUCUUUGCAAGAACGAUGGUUUUGCAGUUUGCAAUGAAUUUGUGGUCAACAAAUUUAAUUCAUCAUUUCCAAUGCCUAAUCACCAUCGCAGCCAAGGGACAGUUAGCUCAAUAGAGAUUGAACGGCGCCGUUUUUUCGAUUGACAGAUUAUAUUAUUUGCCAAAUUUCAUUUGUUAGUUUGGUUACGUGCCUUGCAGCAGCAGCGUCAGUUUAUGGAUCUUCAUCACUUCUUGGAGAGACCAAGAGACCUCAUGUACAACUACCAUAAUAUGUGAUCGAUUUUACCGUUAAUUUUUAUACUCUGAAUCUUAAGUUUAUAUGAAGGCUUCCUCCUUCAUUUUAGUGUCACAUAUUAAAUUGAUGUAAAAUAAUCAAUGUAUUUUGUAGUAUAAUACUUUAAUUCUAUAAACGCAUUUUGUUAUAAUAUAUGCGUGUUGAGUUUGUCGA